UGGUCGGAUGGGGCGGUCGGGGGGCGGCGGCGGGGCCGGGCCCUGACGGGAGCUCCGCCGGGCGGCGAUGCGGGCCCCGCCGUGACCCGCCCGAGGGGCUGCGGCAGCCCGGCCCCGUGGUGGAUGGAGGCGCCGUCCGGGGGGCCCUGAGGGGCGGCGGCGGCCCGGGCCGAGGGACCAGCGCCUCCCGCCCAGCGGCUUCGCAGGUCGGAAACCCCGCAGGGCAGCGCCCCGCUAGGCCCGGGGAUCUCCCCCAUUCAGCGGGGACCGGGCCCCCCUUACUCAGCGGGGCUCGCGGGCCCCUCCCUCUCCCCGUCCCCCUUUAACGGGGUUCGGGCCCUCCCUCCUUCAACUGGGCUCGGGGUCCCAGUCUCCCUUUAAUAGGACUUGGGGUCCUCCCUAUCCCCCUUUAGCAGGGCUCCUGCCCCCUCCCCCCCCGGCUUUAACUAGGCUCGGGGUCCCCCCCCGUCCCUUUUCAGCGGGGUUGCCCCCCCCCCCCCUAUACCAGCACCCGGGGCUGUGUAUCGCCCUUUCUUCGGGCUCGGGUCCCCCCCCUUUCAGCGGGUUCGGUUCCGCCCGGCGGCGCCGCCCGGGCUGCAGGAGGAGCCGGGGCUCGGGACCCUCGGCUCAGCAUCGCCCGCCUGAGCCCGGCGGCUGCCGCCCCCCUGAGCGAUGAAGAAGUUCUUCGACUCGCGGCGGGAGCAGGGCGGCUCCGGCCCCGGCUCGGGCCCCAGCGGCGGCAGCGGCGGCGGCGGCAGCGCGGGCAGCGGCUACGUCGGGAGGGUGUUCGGGGUCGGCCGUUUCCAGGUGACGGUGGAGGAGGUGCUGGCAGAAGGUGGAUUUGCGAUAGUGUUUCUUGUAAGGACUAACAAUGGGAUGAAGUGUGCCCUGAAGCGGAUGUACGUCAAUAACGAGUACGACUUGCAAGUCUGCAAAAGAGAAAUCCAAAUCAUGCGGGAUCUAUCUGGCCACAAGAACAUUGUUGGAUACAUCGAUUCCAGUAUAAACUCCGUGAGCAGCGGUGACGUGUGGGAAGUGCUGAUACUGAUGGACUUCUGCCGAGGAGGGCAAGUGGUGAACCUCAUGAACCAGCGCCUGCAGACAGGGUUCACUGAGAACGAGGUCCUGCAGAUCUUCUGCGACACCUGCGAAGCCGUAGCCAGGUUGCAUCAGUGCAAAACACCAAUAAUCCACAGGGAUCUGAAGGUUGAAAACAUCCUGCUGCACGAUCGUGGCCACUAUGUCCUGUGUGACUUUGGAAGUGCUACUAACAAAUUCCAGAACCCUCAAACAGAAGGGGUGAAUGCUGUGGAGGAGGAGAUCAAAAAGUACACUACGUUAUCCUAUAGAGCACCAGAAAUGGUCAACCUGUACAGCGGCAAACUUAUUACUACAAAAGCAGACAUAUGGGCCUUGGGCUGUUUGCUGUACAAGCUGUGUUACUUCACCUUGCCGUUUGGGGAGAGCCAGGUGGCGAUCUGCGAUGGCAACUUCACCAUUCCAGACAAUUCUCGGCACUCACAAGACAUGCACUGCCUCAUCCGGUAUAUGCUUGAGCCAGACCCUGAUAAGAGACCUGACAUUUAUCAGGUCUCCUACUUUGCAUUCAAACUGGCCAAGAAGGAAUGUCCCAUCCAGAACGUCCAGAACUCUCCAAUCCCCGCUAAACUCCCAGACCCGGUUAAAGCAAGUGAAGCUGCUGCAAAGAAGAGUCAACCAAAGGCCAGGCUGACGGAUCCCAUCCCUACGACAGAAACUUCCAUAGCACCCCGCCAGAGACCUAAAGCAGGACAGACACAACCCAACCCCGGAAUUUUACCCAUUCAGCCAGCCCUGACGCCUAGGAAGAGGCCCACGGCUCAGGCAGCCGUGCAGCCACAAGUUGCAGGCCCUGCUGCCCUGGGCAGUGCUCAGCCUUCGCUCCCUGCAGGCGUCCCCCAGCAAAAAGCAACACCUCAACAGGCCGCAGCACAGCCCCAAGCCAAGCAGGCACCGGCCCCGCAGCAGGCCUCGCCGGCGCAGCCCCAGGUCCCCUCCACACAGCCUCAAGCCACACCUCAGCAUCAACAGCAGCUUUUCUUGAAGCAGCAGCUUCUGCAGCAGCAGCAGCAGCAGCAGCAGCAGGCAGCGUAUUACCAGCAGCAGCAGCUGAUGCAAGCUCAGCAGUUCCCAGUGAUGCAGCAAGGAGCGCCGGCGCAGCAGCAGCAGCUGAUGCAGAACUAUUACCAGCAGCAACAGCAACAGCAGCAGCAGAUGAUGGCCCAGCAGGCAGCGAUGCAGCAGAAGACAGCGGCAGCAGCAGCGGUUCAGCAAAAGCAACAAACCCCAGCACCACAGCAGCCCCAGGCCCAGCCAAGUGCAGCCCAGCCGGUGCAGCCGCAGGAACAAGUGAUGCAGGCACAAAUGAGGCAACAGCAAAAACCUCAAACCACACCCCCCACAGCAGUGCAAGGGCAGAAGCUGGGCUCUCUUACCCCUCCGUCCUCCCCCAAGACGCAGCGUGCAGGACACAGGAGGAUCCUGAGCGACGUGACCCACAGUGCGGUUUUUGGGGUUCCAGCCAGCAAGUCCACCCAGCUCCUGCAGGCGGCGGCCGCCGAAGCCAGUCUCAACAAGUCCAAAUCUGCUUCCACCACCCCCUCGGGUUCCCCAAGGACCUCCCAGCAGAAUGUCUAUAACCCACCUGAUGUCUCCACGUGGAAUCCGUUUGAUGAUGAUAACUUCUCCAAACUCACCGCUGAGGAGCUGCUGAACAAGGACUUUGCGAAGCUCGGGGACGGGAAAGCUCCGGAAAAGAUGGGCAGUUCCACAGAGAACUUGAUUCCAGGUUUCCAGCCAGCUUCAUCUGCAACACAGGCAGAUGCAUUUGGUGGCUCAUCCUUCCCUGCUGGAUCAGCUGAAAAAACGAAAGACAUUCUGAGUUUGGACACUAGCCCUCCUCUUCUGAAUGUGCCUGAUCCUUUCAUUCCUCUCCCAUUAUCCGACACACCAGAACUGAGGAACCCUAGGUCUGCUCCCAGAGCCGCUCUCUGCAACAGCUUUGGGCACAAACACUGGAUUCUGCUCCCCAAGUUAUUGUCCAGGGCCACGGUGAUGCUGACCUUUGCAGUUCUGCCUCGGUGCCUCCCCUCCGAAAGCGCUGGACGGGGUCUGCAGAGGGAUCCAGCCCUGUUCCCAGCUGUAGCCCUUGAGCUCUGUAAAGGACCUUCUGGCAGUGAUGGACUUGCUUUGUACAAAGGUCAGUCUGAGAUACCGGAGGUGAAAACACAGCGCAACUCCGAGUCAGACUACUUAACGAGAGACGGUCCUUCAAGCAACAGCUCCUUCUACAGCAGCGAAGGCGAGGGGACAGACCACGAAGGAGAUAUUCUGGACUGCAGUGGCUCCAGGCCUUUACUGAUGGAUUCAGAAGAGGAGGAGGAAGCCGGCAAGUCCUGCGCCGGGUUCCUGCAAUCUGUGCCCAGGGAAAGACACGAGGCCUCCAAAGAAGAUCCCCACUCCCAGUCUUCCCAGACCAGAGCAGGAGAGACGCUGUUCCCUGCUUUCCAGUCGCACACCGGGGAGGUUUUUAACGAACCGGAUGUUUUUGCCACAGCUCCUUUCCGAAGCUCGAGAAAAGUGCCUGAUGAGGUGGAUGUCUUUACCAAAGCUCCUUUUAUCUCCAAGGGCCAUGUGGCUCUUAGGCAUCCCGAAGAAGCAGAUGUAUUCCUGAGAGCCCCUUUCACUAAGAAGAAAAGCAUGGAAGAGUUGACUUCCCAUAGUACAUCUAAGGAACCGUUCAGACCACCCGUUUUCCAAAGUCAAGGAAGCGGUGUCCAACAUGGAGCUAACCCAGUGUUCCCAAGUCUGGAUUUGGCCUCGGUGAGAUCUCCGUAUCCCUCUGCCAGGUUUACUCAGCCAAGCAACCUUCAUCCCUCAUCUGUAAGGGCCGGGGAGACCCAAGAGAACGUCCCCUCUAAAGGCGUGCUGCCAGAGCAGGGUGGCGCACCCAGUGAGAGGAACCAAGGAGGCCAUGUGCCGCCCCAGGAAGCUGUGCUGGGCUCCGUGGUUAACAAGCCUUUCCGUCCGCAAUCCUUGUCGAAAUAUUCCCGUCACUACAGCCCAGAAGACGGGCAGGGCCUUGAAGCCAAGCCCAUAGCUGCUUACAAAGUGGUUUCUCAGACCAACAGACAGGCGAUAGCAGGAUCAGUCUCUGUUGCCCUUCUGUCUUCCAGGACUACAGAGAUGCCCGGCGGGGAUCCAUUUGCUUCUGCACCCUUUCCUUCCAAAGCAGGAAAGCAAAAGCCUUAAUCUGCUGUGAGCUGGGAGGUGUGCUUCCCGAAGGACCACCUCUCCCAGGACCUUGAACCUCGUAGUUGAAAUGAAUGACGUAGCAAUAUAUAUAUAUUAAAUAAUUAUUAUUUUUUGGCCAGAACUCUAUUUGCAGUGAUACAUAGGGGAACCAUUUUAAGUUAUGUUAGUUUGUCUAAACGGCUGGCUCUCAGGAUCUUCAUAUCCUUUUCAGUUGUUUCUUACCCUCCUCUCACUGUCUUCCCCCCAGUUUAUUUUUUAGAUGCUUUUCCAAACCAGUAAUAGUCCGUAUUUUCUGGUUCUGGCUGGGGAAAUGCAUUAUAAGACAAGUGAAAAUGUUUAUUAAUUACAGAGUAAGUCAAGCAGGACUUGCUAGUGCUCUGGGAAGGAAGUGAUUUCACAGGUUAUAAGGUUAUUGUGGCUUCUUUCCGUGGGGCUUGCGGAAGGGAGCGAGGUUAUCUAUUCCUGCUGCAUGGCAGCGAUGCAGACCUGGCAGCCGUGGCUCCACGCGAGUCUGUCAUGUGUGGCCGUGGGUCACGUGCACACUGAGUGAGAGCCGUGCCAGUGGGGUCCAACCACGUUUGUGCAGCGCUGAGGCGAGCAGCACUCUGGUGUCGGGUGGGCAGCAUUCCUUGGCUUGCUGUGCUGGAGUGCAGAGGAGCUGGGGAAAAGGACUCACAGUGCCGUCAGUCGCUUGUGCAAACUCUGAGAUGCAUGAACUUCAGCAAAGCAAACCUGCCAGGCCGCUCCUGCUGUGGCUCUGUGGACACUGGAGCCAUCGGGCAAAGCCUUCAGGUCAGCAUGCGCAUCCCCUGUCUGGUUUAUGCCAAAGCGUAGGACCCAGAAAUUUGCUUACAGUGUUGUGAAGGAGAGAGACGUGUUUUUACAGUAUUAAAAAUAACACCGUACAGAAAAACUUAUUAUGCAAAUAAGUCAGUAGAUGUCCUGCUCUCCAUACCUCUUACUUAUGAUUCAGCCAUUGGUGCAGUGAAUCCCAGCGUAGUGUUUGGACGAAAAAUCACUGGGCAGAAUCAAAGUAGACUUUUCUCUUUUCAGUGAUAUAAGACAGAGAUAAAGGGAAACCUCCCAUCUUUACUUUGCAAACUGCCUGGCUGUGUAAGUUGUCUCGGGUCUGCUAUUUCUUCCCCACAAAGGCCACUUGUCAGUGUGGACUGGCUUUCAAAAUACUCAGCUGUAGGGACAAUAUCUAGUUGUCAGCUCCUAGCUGGUGAUGAAUCUUUGCAGUACUGUGAUCCUUCCUCCUAGCAGGUGCUGGUGCUCCCAGGAAAAAAUUGUGGUAGUUUUGUUUUUAAGGACUUGGCAUCUAUGGAAAAAAUAUCUCCAUUGACUCCGGUGGCACCUGGCCAAGUCUCUCAGCCUUACAGUGACCAUUUCCCAGGGGCAUCUGGUCACUGUCGUGGGAGCUGGAGCCCUGUGCUGAGGCCAAAGGACACAUUUUGCAUUCGGGGGUCUCCCAGGAGUGACUCCGAGGUCUUUGGGCGUUUGCAGGGGAGCUGCUGGAGCAGCGGGUAGGUUGAUCAGGACCAGUCGAUGUAGAGCAGGUUCCUGUCCAGCUUGCUUUCUGAUGUGUUUGUAGUCGGGGAGAGAGCACUGCGAGUACAGCCACACUGAGAGAGGGCAGGGUCAGCCAUCGCUCCUCCAAACUUGCUGGAGUCACACCCAGGAGAGCUGCUGCAGCCGAAAAUAGAUUGCAGCCUAAUUUUGCAGGGAAAAAGCCUGACUCCACCUCCAGUACAUAGCUUUGUCUGAUGUCCAAAUAAUAAGCAUUAAAUGACUAUCAAAGAGGCACAUGAAGGCUGCUUAAACAGAGCAGAGCAUUGCACAGCCCAGGGCUGACUCGCUGCUGGCUAUUAAGCCCAGCAGUGUAAGGGGAGGAUGGAUGGAAAGACCCUGAGGAGUGGAAGCUGAGUAGCGAAGCACCUGCAAAUAGGAGUUACUGACUGCUCCUGGUUUCCUUUCCCCUCCCAAAUAUCUCCAGUUGCAAGAGAAGAGCCAAUUGUUCUGGACGUGCUCAGCAUGGGGAUGCCUGGAAGGGAGACGGGUGAAGCUCAGACUGAGGUCUUAAAGCCCUGGGGUGGGGAGAGAGAAUACUUGAAAGCAGCGGGGCUGCGUUGGCUUGCACAGCCCAGCAAACACAGCAAACAAGGACUCUCUGAGGCCAGGGUGUGUUGUGUGGGGCUGGAAGCUGCCUGCCCUGCUGCACUCAGGGCUAGCAAUGUUGGUGCACACUGGCAGUUUAGGGCUUUUCCGUCCUCCAUCCCCCCCCUCUUAAAACAGCAGCACUGCAAAGAGAUUGCUGGGUUUCAGCAAAGCUGAGACUGUUGCUUAUCACACUGAGUUUUCUGUUUGAAUAGAUGCAUGAACGUGGUUGGUUUUGUUUUGAAUAUGUGCCCCACUCCCUCAAGUCGGUUGUUGCUGGAUUGGAUCGGUGAGAGAUGCCAAGAAUGGCUGUGAUGGCAAACUGUGAAUUCCAGGGAUACCCAGGAGACUGAGCGCAAGGGCCCAGACUGGUGUCGACACGCAGCCCAUUCAUGGCUGUGCGUGCAGCCAGGAGGCUGAAUUUGACCUCGAGCCAUUAAAUUCCCCGGGGAAGCUGCUGGAAGGGAGGGCGGGCCUUGGUGGUGCCGGGAUGUGUCUGGAACAAGGAAGGUGCUUCACUGCAAAAAGCGGGUACCACGUAUAAAUCAGAUGUGGGUCCAAGGUAGCACCUCUGCUCACUGGGUUGAGGUUUCCUAGGUUUUAUUUGCAAAUUUGCUUUUGGAUGAUUCUGUGAAACUUCUUUCAAUGCCACGUCCAGGUGUCACUUGGCGGCUGCUGGGUUAGUGUUAGCCUGUUCCCCUCCAUGCCUGGAGGAGGGCUUCUUGCCUCUCAGGCUUGUCCGUGUCGGUGAGGCAGAGCUGUGCUGGGCGCAGUUCAGACCUUGCAGCCCGCACUGCCAGCCGAGGGAGAAAAAGAGAAUGCACCAAGGUGCUGCAAGGCAUGGGGGCUUCUUUACAGCCCUGGCCCAGGUCCGGCCAGGCUGAGUUUCCAGCUGGCAUUUUGGCAGCUUUUAUGUUUUUCAAGCACUUUAUGCAAAGAGCAAGCUGACCGUGCCCUAGCAGCUAAUGGUCCUGCCAGCAUACAGCCAGCACUUAGAUGGGUUUCAGUCUUUUUGGGGGUGGAGCUGGCUUGUUUGAAUCUCUGCAUGACCUGUGCAGUAAUGGGACUCUUGGUUACGGUCAGGAAACUAAAUUUCGAUGUCAGUUAGUCCAACAUCUUUCUCAUUUCCAACCCAUAUUCCUCCUAAUCCUGUACUGCCAGUGCUGCAGCUUCAGUGUGACGAAUCGUAAGUGGAAAUUUAAUUUCCAUGGUCUCUGAAGCUCACCUUUUUCAAUGAAUGGGGAAGAAUAAUGUGAAUUGUUUUCUUUGGCACACAAACAGUGAUCUCUAUCAAAUAAGAGCUGUAUGGCCUCAAUGCAGCAUUUUGAAGUCAGUUUUCUGAACAGAACCAUGGGUUCCAUGUCUUUUUAAAGCUGUAGCAAAUUCUGUUAACUGCCCGGGGUCCUCAUGCGCAGCCAGAGGGCUGCAAGGCAUUGCUGCACUCCUGCGACAAUCUUAGAUUUAUGCUGGGAAAGCAACCGGUUCUUACCCAUUGCCGACUUCAGCCUGAAUGCAUUUAAGGUCUCUCUUGAAAGUGAUUAAUCAGAGUUUCUGCAUGCGAAAAAGGAAAGCAGUUGGAGUGGCUUGGCUCUCCAUUCCUCACUGCCAUGAUGUUCGUGCAGCACACGUCCCGGGACCAGCUGCCUGGUGUUAACUUGUGCUUUCUGCUGCCUGCUGCAGUGUUUGUGGGACUCUCUCCUCCCUCCCAGCCAGCGCAGUCCCAGUUGUACGUGGCAGUAAGUUUACAAUCUUUGUCUCUUGAAGCCAGCGCACACAAUCUGUAAUGCACACUAUGCAUGAGGCACCCAGGUGAGAGGAAGCGCUAACAGCAAACCCAUGUAAGCAAUCCCAGCGCAUCUUCCGUGGAGUUCAGCAAGGCUGAGCGAGAUCUGCUCAACUGCUGAACUCUCAAUCACUCCAAAGUGGUAAACGGUUACUUUAACUCAGCUUCCACCAAAGACUUGUGUUGGAGAGUUGUAUGUUUGUGGGUGUUUUGCUUUUUUUCUCAUGGUGUUAAAUCAAGGCCUUUCAGUGCACCGAAAGACUCCAAAGCACUUUUACCGUAGUGUCUUGAGAGUGAAAUCAUGUUCUGAAACACAUUCCUGAAACCUGAUCAGCUGUGUUAGUGUUUCUAAAAAUAAGCCACGGCCUGUAGUUUCUGUUGUAAGUAGGGUGGAUACUGUCACACGGGUUUGGAAAUACUCCGCGGCAAAGUUUGAGGGAUAAUGGUGAUCCAGUGUUCCCCAAUCCCUCCCCUCCAAGCGGAGAAAGAAUUGCUCACAGGGGGAGCGGAGGGCUGCGAUGCAGCUGCUAGUGCAACACUACAUGCCGAGUCCUUGUUUUCGUGUGGAGUGGGAAGCGAGAACUGGAAUGUCCAUAAGUCUCCACUAACUGUGACAAACAAUCUGUGACUCGCGUCCUAAGAGCAGUGUGUGGUUUGCACUGCACUGUUAUCGGGGGAAUUCUCGGUGGUCUUGGAAGUACCUCUGGCUCAUGGCUUGCAUGGAGUCCAGUUUUGCACUCCGGGUGUGAUCAUCUAUGUUUGCGGUCAUCGUUAUGAGGAAAUGUCCGAGCUGUAAACUUAUGUACAUUUUAUUAAAACUGUAUCUGAUUACAACACACCUUCUCUGCUGUGGUUCCUCCUCCCCUCCCCGUGGGGGACUGGCUGCACAGAAUCUGGGUUUUCAUGAGUUCUUCCUGCCACGGUCCCAAGCUCAGUCCCUCGCUGCUAUUUUAUCUGGCAGUUGUGAAGUAAAGCAGAUCCUCCCUGCCGUGAGCAGUCAUGGUAAGCGGGAGGUAUUCCACUUUACUGAAGAGAAACCUUCAUUCCUAGGGUGACGCUACAGCCAAAGACAGGACAGAGGUGUUGAGUCCUCCCUGCAACCCCAGGAGCUGCUGCUGCAAGGCAGGAGGGGCAGACGGAUCCCGUGCCAGAGGACCCGUCUGUGUGAGCGCAAUGGACCAUGCCUGCCUGCUGCUGGGGAAGCACUGGGGUAUCCAAAAUUUGGCACAGCCCAGGGUAAACCUACUUUCUCUGCGCAGAUCUGCAUGAAGUGCAGUGAAUCCAGUGAGGAUUAGCCAAUAUGAACGGCGGAAAGUUUGUUUAAAGAACUUUGUUGGAUUUUUAAACUGUAUUAGCUGAUUAUUCUCUUACAAUCAACUAUGACCAGCGUUAUGUGACUUUCUGGUCCAAAAUCGACAGGACUAUAAUCAUACAAAAGGGGAAAGGCAGCUGCAGCCCAGAUAUGAACAGGAGGCUCUUCAUCUUGCUGAAAUUGCAAAUGUGACACCUUCCUCCUCGUUCCUCAUGCAACAGCCCUGAAUGGCAGUGGCCACCAUCUGCAAAAUCAAGGCCUUCUCCCUGACAUAUCAUAGAAUCAUGGAAUCAUAGAAUGGCUUGAGUUGGAAGGGACCUCAAAGCCCAUCCAGUUCCACUCUCUGCCAUGGCAGGGACACCUCCCACUGGAUCAGGCUCCUCAAACUUCAUCUAACCAGGCCUUGAACACCUCCAAGGAUGGGGCAG